UUGAUAUUAAUUUAAAUAAAUUUGGCUGUAUAGACACAUUUGCCUUGGGCUUGUUCAAAAUUAUAACCGUAACAAAAAAUGUCAUAAAUUCAUUAAUUUUUGUACGUUUCUUUCAAAUUUUACACAAAAGUUUUUACAUUAAAAUGAAUAAUUACAAACAUUUCAUUGCUGGCGUAAGUAAUGUCGUGUUAGGGGUUGUUCGUAUAAUAACCGACAAUGAUGAGGGUAUAAAACCUCAAGUAGCCAGCUUUGUAAAACUAAUCGACGACGUAAAAUACGAGGAUGGAUAUUAUCACGCUUAUUAUGACGAAAUGAAGGCAGUUGUGAAGAGUUUCAUCGUGUACUGGAGAGAAACUAUGGAUUUAGCUGUUAAACGAGCUGAUUAUCUUUGUCACAAAGCCGAAGAAACUGUAGAUAAGGAGGUUUUGGUAUUGCACAUAGUUAAUACUAUACGUUUAUGGAAGGACUAUGAAAAGAAAUUCUACGAGGAAUUUUUGCCAAUAGAGUCCGAACCGCAACAAAAGAUAUACGACGAUCUAACCUCAAAGUUCCAAGAGCACAUGGCCCAGCUGCACGAGAUAAAGUUGCGCGUGGAGAAGAUGGAUCGCAUUGAGAAAGUCCUGGUGUUCGCUAAAGAGCAAUACGUCAAGUCUGUCGAGUCCAAGGAGAAGGUGUUCCUGUACGCUCAUGAGUACUUGUCGAUGCUGCUCGCGGAUCACCUCCCAGAAAUAAGAGGUAGUUUGAAGGAGAUCCUGAACCAGACGCAGAACAACCUGAAGCAGCUUGAAAACGAGCGUGAGAGCAAUGUCAAUGAGCUCCUCAAUAAACUCUACGACAAGAACAAGGAACAGCUGAUGGUCACGCGUCGGAAGUGUGGUUCCCACUGUAGUUUUCUUGAGCUCUGUAACGACAUCGAGAAGAUUCGUGCCGAGGUUCUCAACUCGGGGAACCACGACGCCGUGUGGAAGGUCACAGAGAAGCUGCAGCUGUUUGAGACACGCUACGCGGAGUUUGAGCACGUCGCCGACAACUUGAAUAGGCUGAAGACGGACCUGGAGAAAGUGUGCAGGGAAGAGAGCAUCUAUGAGUCUAGGAUGACGACGGAGCUGCCAGGCUCCAAAAACUGGUGCUGGCAGCAGAUGGGCGCGAAUUUUACCAAACGGAAGGAGGAGUUGAAAGAACUCCUGAUUAAGGCCGCUAAAGCGUUGACUACAUUUUUCGUAGUAAGAAGUGCGACUGAGGAAAGAAUGAUGUAUAAUAAUAUUAAUAAUGAACAAGGACCAUAUUCAAUAGACAAAUAUGGACACAUGGUCUACCAUUUUGAUCACGGACUCAACAAAUACCACAUGGAUUGCAAGGGGAACUAUAGAAAGCCUGACGCCAAGUCCGUCGCGUUUUGUGACGAGAUUGGCCGGUAUAUCCUCAAAAACAACGAGAAGAUUUACCAAAAAGAUGACUGCGCCAGCCUUUACAAGCUCGGCGAUGAUACGCUCCUCAAAAAGAUAUCACGGGACUGCGGUCACUCUGAGAGCACCCAGCAGGACUGCGCGAUGGGCAACAAGGAUCAGACUGCUGGCGUCAUACUGCCCGACGCUCAGCCUGUGGAUAUUAAAAGGACCUUGAACGGCGAAGUGGUGAAAUACCUAUGGGAGUCAUUGGGGUCCAUCCUGCCCGACGCGCUCUAUGACGUGUGCCAGCAACAGCCCAAGAACCCCAUACACUAUCUAGCCCACAGCCUGCUUAGACACAAGUACAGCAAAACUCAUGCAGAAUUACUUCAGAAGAAAAAGCAAUCCGAAUCGUAUCGCGCCAAUAUACUCAAGGAGAGAAAAGAAAAAGCGAUAAAAGAGAGCGUAGCGUGGAAGGCGGACCAGGUGAAGCGCCGCAAGCCCGAGGAGUCCGACGACUCGUACAACCGCGCCGUGCACGAUAUCUACGUCGCCACCGACAAGUUCAUCAUGUCGCUCGAUUAUUAUAACUAAUCCUCCAGUAGGCUCAGCAUGGUCACAUUUUUAUCACCUGUCACUUUAGAACGUGGCAGGUUAUAAAAUGCGACCAUGCUGAGCCCGCAGUCGGGGGGGGGGGGGGGGGGGGCAGCUGCCCCCUGGAGCUCAACUUUUACAUAAAAUGCAUGCCCCUGUGUGGCCUCCGGCGAUAUCAACUUAAUUAAGAGAGACUCUUCUUUUUAACUUAUUAGAGACUCGAGUCUUUUGCAGAGACUUGUCCUUUUCGGAGAACUUGCAUUUCUUUACUUCGAAAUGCGUUGUCUUUAUGUAAAAUUCAUGGAAGUACAUAACAUAAAUCAUACAAUAACGCCUAUUUACUGUUAUUAUUACAAACCUAUAAAAAUGUUGACCGAGUCUUUAUCCGGAGACUCGAGUCCUUUUGAGUUGAGUAAAAAAGACUCAAUAAAAGGACUCGACUCGGGACUUAAGUCUCUGAAGUUUUUUAAGCUCGAGUCUUGUAAAAACAAGUCGAGUUCUUCAAUUUAGACUCAAAAGACUCGAGUUGCUACGAACACUGCUGACCUAGGAAAAUAUCGUGAUCGAGUUUAACAAGCGAACUAGAUGACACUAUAAUACCUUAUUUUUUGUGGUAAUUGAAUUGUCAAACAACUUAGUGGGAGUACAGUCAGCGUCAAAUACUUUGUAGCAACCAAAGUAGCCAAAUAGUUCGGUACACCAUAUAUUUAGUAUGGUGUACCGAACUAUUUGGCCACUUUGACUGCUACAAAUUAUUUGACGCUGACUGUACCAUCGCUCAAAUUGUGAACAUGGACAGUUCACAAUUUGAGCGAUGGUAACGGUGGACCUUAUUGCAAAAGGCAUAAGGUCCACCGAUGGACAAUGAAGAGUGUUGCUGUUUGUACAUCAUUUUUAUAAUGCUAAUAAUAUCGAUAUUUGUAAACAAA